AUGAGCUCCUUCCGCACCAAUCUCAAGAAGCUCGCACAUCAAAUUGUUGUAUUGUGUUUUGGACUGCAGAAAGGCUGCGCUGACAAGGUAGAAGACCUUCUUAAGAGUCACAAGUAUAUUUUUCCAACCGAUGCCAAGGGUAAGGUCCUUGGGGACCAACCAUUUUGUGAUGAGGCUACCAUUGACACCAUCCGAUUGACAUUCUUUGAUGGUGAGGACUCGUUUGGCGCUCAGUGCCAUGAUGAUUUUGUUUCUGUCUUAGAUGAAAACGACGAGCCCGAGCUACCUGUGGCUAUGGUGUGUUUGAUUGCAACUAUGAUUUAUGCGAUAUUGAAGGAUUGGAGUAGCAGCAACCCGCCUUCAAUGCACAAGUCAAAUCAUUCAAUACCUCCUCCCACUAGAAAGAAGUACCAUGCACUGAUGGCACAACUUUACAAGGCAGUUAGUGCAAUCGACAACUCAGCGUCCACUGGCUCAUCAAGCACUUGCGACUAUCUUGAUCUCGACGCAAUGGUCGAAGAAUAA